AUAGAGUAAUUGAUCAACAGUUAAGCGAGCCAACUCCGGAGAAAGUACUGCGCAGUAGCACAGCGCAAGGCCCCGCAACCAGGUGGGGAGAGGGUAGAAGGUGGAGAGGAAGGAAGGAACAUUGUGGGACUGUACAGCGUAAAGACAACAGCAGCAACGCUUGCAAAGGUCUUUCCGUUCCACUACGCACCUGCAACAAUCGGAGUGCUCCUACUGCAACCCCUCAAGCCCCUCAUUUCUCCAGCCCCCAAUCUGAUGAAAAAACCCCUGCUGCAGCCAUCCGCAGCCUCUAGUUCUUCAGCGCCGGCACAAGACAGGGAUCUUGAUCAACCGUCGCCUCAAUCAAUUGUGGAAGGUGUUGCAGCGACUCUGCAUCCCAGCUGUCCAAAGUAGGUGUAGUGCAGCCGUUAUUUUAUGCCGUAUCUUCUUUUUUUUUUUUUUUUGUUGGUUUGCCUUGUUCGGGGGUGGAAAACCCGGCGGCAACCGAGAGAAGGAGAGGAAAGAAACAGAACCUGAAGGUUCCUAACAAACCAACCGACCCAUUCGCAGAAGCAAUCAACAAGCGGAUCCAGUCCUUCUUCGUCAUAGCUUCCAGCUGGUAGAACCAGGUACAGGUACAGUACGGAUUAACCGUUAACCAUACGUACAUUCAAACCUCCACUACCAUCCAUCAACCUACGUACAUUUGCAGAGCUAGCCGGCCGCAACACGGCUUAGCCCGGUAUUUCACCCUUAGGACACCCAUUCUCUUUGCCUUGCUUACUGCGCGUGCUUCUCCCCGGCUUCUUUUUUUCCACCCCAAGGACUUCUAGAACGGACAACACACAGCGCAUGCCUCGCGCGUCGUCCUAUCCGGUACUUUUCUUUUCGCCAUGGCCAAGAAGGCGCGUCAAAGGAUAGCUUAUGUCCUUGAAGUAGCCGGCUCACAGGCUGGAGGCCACAAACUUGGCGUCAAUGGCCUGGCUGCCGAUCGCGACAAAUCCAUCCUUUACUCUGGCGGCCGCGAUGGCAUAGUUUGCGCAUGGGACCUCAACCUAGACCUUAAAUCGCCCUUCUCCUCGACCUCAGCUCUCGACUCAGCCGCACCCAAUGGCACCUCCGCGCCCGAACCAAAACAAACCUCCAAGUUCCGCAGCCAGAUAUUGGCCCACACCCACUGGAUUAACGACAUAUGCCUCGCCGAUUCUAACAACGCCAUAGUCUCUGCAUCCUCCGACUUGACCGUCAAAGUAUGGCGGCCCCACACGGACACUACGGCCGAGCCCGUCACCAUCGGCCAGCACGCAGACUACGUCAAGUGUGUGGCCACGCCCAGCCCAUCCACCAACUGGGUCGCAUCGGGUGGGCUUGAUAGAAAGAUUUAUCUCUGGGACCUGAACGGCGGUGGCAAGACGCUGGAGAUCGACGUCAGCGGCGAGGAGAUCACAGAGAAAGGCUCCGUCUACGCCCUCAGCGUAAAUCACAACAUCCUCGCCAGCGGCGGGCCCGAGUCGACGCUUCGCCUGUGGGACCCCCGGUCCGGCAAGCGCAUCACAAAGUUUGUCGGACAUACGGACAAUGUCCGCUCAAUCCUGGUCAAUGAGGCCGGCGACACCGUCAUGACGGCCAGCUCUGACCAGACGGUCAAGGUGUGGAGCGUAACAGCCGGACGGUGCAUGCACACGUUGACCAUGCACACCGACAGUGUCUGGUCGCUAUACUCGGAGGAUCCGGGGCUGGAGGUCUUUUACAGCAGCGACCGGUCGGGAAUGGUCGUGAAGACUGAUGUCAGAGGCACAUUUGGGGAGCUGGACGAAGGGUUGUCUGUUGCGAUUGCGCAGGAGAAUGAUGGCGUGAGCAAGGUUUUGGCUUGUGGAGGUCACAUCUGGACGGCGACAGCGACAUCAUCCAUUAACCGGUGGCUGGACGUUGAGACGGGCCCGGAUGCGCUGCCCGCGGCUUUUAGGCAACAUCGGGCGUCUGUUUCGACGCACGUCUCUGCUAACAGGCCGAGGGAAGGUUCAGUAUCAACACCUACCGUUGCUCCCUCAGCCCCGGGCGUCAAGGAGAUACCAGCCAAAUCUAUCCUGAGGAUAUCCAACACAGCCGUGUAUCCUACAGCACCCUUCAUCAGCUCAGAAGCCAACGAGCCACCGGAACCUGGGCUAUCCAGGAAGGAGUCAGAAAUCAUACUUGAUAUUUCGGUCCCGGCCGCGGAGCCGAUGCAGCAUCUCCCUGCGGAAACGAUCGAGGGGCAGUUUGGACUGGUUAAGCACCGUCUACUGAACGAUCGUCGGAGGGUGUUGACACUGGACACUGCAGGGGAGGUGCUGCUAUGGGAUCUGAUUAAUUGCCGACCCAUUCAAAAAUUCGGAAAGAGGCACCUGGAAGAUGUCGAGCCCGAAGUCAACACCAUUGAUGCCACGGCUCCUUGGUGUUCGAUAGAUACAAGCUCAGGCAACCUGACUGUGGUACUUGAACCGUUUAAUUGCUUCGAUGCCGAGAUGUAUGCCGACGAGCUUGUAACCGAGGAGCCACUGGAAUUCAGGGAGGACCAAAGAAUAAACCUUGGCAAAUGGAUCCUGAGAUACCUCUUUGCAAACCUGGUGGACGAGGAGAUCAGGCGAGAUGAGGCCUUUAGAGCCACGCUCAACGAAGGAGUAGAGAAGAGGAUAGCGGCUGCGAAAGCGAAUCCGCCCACCUCAAUCGUCAUCCCAGAGUUUACGGCGAUAGAGGGUUCUGCAGAAGGCACUACUCCGCGCGCCAACGGUGCACCAGUACCGACAACGCCGGGAUUGGGGAUAGGUCUUGCAACACCAGCCCCUGGGCGUAGUUCACUAGAUCCAUCGACACCAGUAGAUAAGAGAUCGUCCCAAGCCAGCCGGGCGUCAGUAGAGAAGGAAGACUACUUUUCCAAUGCCAUCUCGGCAGUGGACGCAGGCAACAAGCCGGUUGGAACGCCGGCGACAGCUCCCACAGAAGCGCCGCAGACUCCUGCGGUUGCGGAGCCCAAGACGCCAGCCGGUGACAACGGGAAGGACGGAAAAGAGAAUGGCAAAUCGCCAGCGCUGGGGCUGAAGAAGUGGAACUUUAAAAUCCCCAAAAUCAGCAGGUCUGGGUCAGCGACGGCAGCAGAAAAGCCUGUGGUUAAGCAGCCAGCACAAGAGGACGAAAACAAAUCCGAUGGUGGUGGGACGGCGGGGUCGGAAACGUCAUCCAAACAUGAAAAGGAAGUUGACGACAGCUUCCACGGCGUGGUGCAAAAAAUAAGGAACGAAUACGAGAAGCAGCUGGCCGAGGUUCCCGACAAAUUGGUCGAAAGCAAGGUGGCGCCGUCCCUGCCGUCCGAAACGCCGGUGCUCAAAUUACCGGCCAACACCAAGAUCAUUAUUCAGGAGGAAACGUCUGGCGGCAGCGCGGAGCUGUACCGGGGUACGGUAGGCGGGGUAGGGUCGGACGUGGAUACAAUCGAGCAGGUGGCCCCCAUGUGGCUCGGGGACGUGCUCCUCUGCAACACGCUACCGGUCAAGGAGCCUCACAAAGUAUCGUUUAUCCUGAACCCAUACAAGGACGAGCUUCCGCACAUCGCAGCGCAGGAUGGGAAUAACAGGCUCAACGCGAACCGUAUGUUGAGGGUCAGAAAGAUCUUGGCGUACGUAGCAGAGCGGCUGGAGGAGGAUGAGGAGGUCAACGAGAACGACGAGGCCAAGAAAGAGCGGAUGAAGCCUGAGGAGUAUCUGGAGCUUUGGUGCAAUGAUCAGUUGCUUCCCGUGACGAUGAGCCUUGCGACGCUUCGAGCGCGGGUCUGGAGGGGCGGGGCGGACGUGGUACUUCAUUACCGGUCGAACGGCAAAAAGGAAUUGAAGCUGAGACCACCACCGCCGCCGGUAGAGCCGGCCAAGGAGGAGAACAAAGACGAGGAAGAGCAAGAGAAGCUGGCUUCGAAGCCGGCAGUAGUUGCAACAACGACGACUGCUGCUUUUGCGGCAGCGUUGAAAUGACGUUUGUCGUGAGUGAAUUCAUGCCUGGCAUUGUUAUUCUAUUUUAUAUUUAUUAGGGGCUUCCCUCGAAACAUGAGGAAGAUGGAUUUUCUUUCUUUUUUUUUUUUUUUUUUUUUUGGAUAUGAGCAGGCGUGUUUCUAUAGAACCCUGUCGAGGGCCUCACAAGAGGAGUAGAUGGAUGUGGUUUUUUUGUGUCCGCUUUAGUCUCUUUGUCUGUUUUGUUUGUUUGUUUAUGGGCUGGACUGUAUACAUAUCUGUCCCUUGCGGUCCGGCCGAGACGAUAAUCCUAUAAUAAGGAAGACGAUUGUUGUGUGGUACAUGGCAAUUAUAUGCAUCAAGCAGUGUAACUCGCAAGAUUCAAGACUAUGCCUACCUAGGUCGGGCUUGAGGCACUGUGAAUUGUGAUAUGCAUGCCAGGCUCGGCCAUGAUCAGCACAACGAGGGUUGAAUCGAGUGGUUCAAUUGAUGUCAUUCGGGAUAGCAUGUGACACCUGCCCAAAGUGAAGCGAACGAACGAACGGUCUCGCGACUUACCUAGUGGUGGUGGUGGUGGUGGUGGUCCAGCCGGUUAGAGUUGUGGCUGUGGCUGCAGUAGUGCAGCUUCCGUCAGGGAUGCAGCUUUUGGGAAUUGAGGUAUGGGGUUGGGACAGGGGAGGGGGCAACAGCAAACUUGUUGAUGUACAGUAAGUAGUAUUGCAGUACCCUUCUUUUUUAGCUUCUUAUAGCAAGCUAGCUACAGUAUUUUGAACAAGCUGACGUACCCACCCG